CAUGGCUUGCCGUUAAAUGUCAAUCGGAAGGGAAAAGUUUAAAAUAGUGGCUGAUCGAAAGUGUUUUGUUUAUAAGAAUGGCUGCGAAAGAGCCUACAACCAUCGACGAUGGUAUCGCCGAGCCCGGUAUUGAACCAGGUGCCUCCGCAGAGACAAUGCUCGUUACAACUGACAGUUUUGAAGAGUAUGAACAAGAAAUGAGCAGUAGUAUUGAUGAUAGACAAAUGAAAGAAAGCACAACGAGUACUAUUUCAGAAAUUCAGGAAGAUGUGCAAGACAUUCCAACAACACCCACUGCAUCCAGUCCACGAGAACUUCAAAAAAAUUCUUCACUCGAUGAUUCCGAAUUAGAGGAUGUUACACAUCGGUUAGGUCAAUGUAGCAUAGAAUCAGAUCCAUUACGUUGUAAGACAUGGUUAGCACAAAAGAAACAUGUAUUUAUUUUGAGCCAGGCAGGAAAACCCAUAUACUCUAGAUAUAGUUCAGAGGAUAAACUAGUCACAGUUAUGGGUGUAAUGCAAGCUUUAGUUUCAUUUGUUCAGGCAGGCAGUGAUAUGAUUAGAUCUGUUCAUGCAGGAGACACUAACUUUGUAUUUGUUGUAAAAGGUCCAUUGAUUUUAGUUGCAGUUUCAAAAACACUUGAAAGUGUACCCCAACUUACAUUACAAUUAACAUAUGUAUAUAAUCAAAUAGUCUCUGUGUUAACACAGUCACAGUUAACCAGAGUAUAUGAUCAACGUAGAAAUUUUGACUUAAGAAGAUUGUUAAGUGGUAGUGAAAGACUGAUAGAUCAUCUAUUAAAUUUUGUGGAUAGAGAACCAGCAUUCUUUCUAGGAGCCAUUAAAUGUUUGCCUUUACUUCCUUCAAUGAGAACCUCUAUCACACAAACUAUCAUUCAAAUAUGUGGCAAAAUUAAGAAUUUAGUAUUUGCAAUACUCCUAGCUAAUAACCAAUUGGUAACAUUAGUCAGAAUGAAUAAAUUUUUUUUACACCCUGUGGAUUUACACAUAAUACAAAAUUUGGUCGACAGUUCAGAGUCACUUAAGACUGCUGAGAGCUGGACACCGAUAUGUCUACCAAAGUUUGAUGCCAAUGGUUAUAUGCAUGGACAUGUGUCAUAUUUGGCUGAGGAUUGUCAGGCAUGCUUACUACUGCUCACAGUUGAUAGAGAUGUAUUCUUUGUUCUUUCUGAAGCAAAACAAAAAAUCGUGGAAAAAUUAAGGCGAACAAAUUGUUUGGAAGUAAUUAAUGAAUCUAUGAAUAAAUCACCGAUUAAAACUGCUGAUAUUGGAUUGCCAGAAAUGCGACACGUUUUAUAUAAAUGUAGAAGUACGGCACAAUUUUGGACUCCUGGUUUUCAACCUCCAUAUACAACAGAUGAUGAAAUAGAACGAUUACUGGGACUUUAUCAAUGUUUACACCACAGACUGCACUCUCCUAAUCGACCAUUAAAACUUAUAUUCCAACAGCUAGAUAAAGAGACUAUGUUAGCAUGGGUAACAUUAGGUUUUGAACUCUAUGUUACAUUUGAACCACUUGUAACAAAACCUGAUGCCAUUGAGGCAGUGAGUAAAUUGUUGAAAUGGAUUAAAAAAGAGGAAGACAGAUUAUUUAUUUUAAAUUCGCCAACAUUUUAAAAAUCGAUAUGACUAGUAAUAUUUUAAAAAGGUUACAGAAGUGUGUAUCAGACAGAAUAUAAUUCAAAAU